AUGGAUAAUGUAUUAAAUCCUACAGGUGAUCCUGGUACUGCUGGCAUUGGUAUGUUGGGUGGUAUGUUGGGAAUGGCUGGUAUGACACAAAGUGGAUCAAUGGCCGAAGUAAAGAGUGGUAAGCCAGAGUUCAAACUGUUGCCAACAGGCACUGUCUGGAUUCGUUACAAAGGCUAUCUAGUAUACAUCGUUAGAGAGUCAUCCGAGAAGCGAAGCAUCGAUGGAAUGCGAGAGGAUUUCAUUGAUGUAACAAUCUUACGUGGUGAUCUAGAAAUCGUCAAAGAUCUUAUAAACACAGCAAUGGAAUAUUCCAUUAAUUUAAAUAAAGAUAAAACUAAAAUAUAUUCAUUGGAACCUCAUUCGCAAUUCUGGGAAUGUAUUUCUAUUCAACCAAAGAGAUCAAUAGAAUCUGUUAUUUUGGAUUCCAACAUCGGACAAAAGGUGAUCGAAGACGUCGAUAACUUUAUUAAUGGAAAACAAUGGUAUAUCAAUACUGGUGUACCUUAUAGACGUGGUUAUUUGUUGUUUGGUCCACCGGGUACCGGUAAGACAUCGUACAUUCUCUCGGUGGCAGGCAAAUUCGGUAUGUCCAUUAGCAUCAUGAAUAUGAGCAAGGGCAUCCACGAUGGAAACAUUCAUUCGAUCAUUCAGAAAACACCGAAAGAAACGAUUUUGGUGCUCGAGGAUAUCGAUGCUGCGUUUAUCGAGCGAAAGGGCAAAAAUGACGUUCUCACGUUCUCGGGCUUGCUCAAUGCACUCGAUGGACUGGCCAGCUCCGACGGACGUAUUCUCAUCAUGACAACUAAUCACAUCGAGCGAUUGUCGCCAUCUCUGAUUCGUCCGGGUAGAAUCGAUAUCAAAGUGAAAUUCGACUACGCCUCAGAAGUAUCGACUGCACAGCUCCAAGGAUGGUUCAUCAUUCACCGUGACGAUCCAUCACAGCUUCUCUUGACCAUCGACGACUUCUUGGUUCAAUGCGAGCGAGAGACCAAUAGCUCUUCGUCAUCAGCGAAAUCAGAAAACACCGUUGAAGUGUUAAGUCCUCGUACGAUGGGCAAUGGUAUAGCUGCGCUAAAGUCUAUCGCACUUCAUGGUAGUCCAGAUGAGGUACAUCUAUUGAGUGAAGCUGAUCAAUCAAGUCCAUCAUCACUCAACGACUCUGAUCAAGAAACAAACUUACGACGCAGAAGUUAUGUUCCUACCAUGAUUUCAGAUUAA